GUUGGAAAUGGAGGAAGAGGCAGACACAUAUGUUUUACCUGGAGUCCAAGAAAAAUCCACAGGGUACUUUCGCUUUCUCCAAUCCUGCAGAAGGACUGGAGGGGGGCUGGCUUUGACCCAGCAGGCUCAGCCCGUUUCCUUUGAGGAGGUCGCUGUCUGCUUCUCCAAAGGAGAAUGGUCCCUCUUGGAUCCCAGUCAGAGAGUCUUGUACAAGGAGGUGAUGCAGGAGAAUUAUGAAAAUGUGACCUCUCUCGUUGUCUCGCUCACCGGUUUGGGUCCAAACUCCUGGAUGGAGGAAGAAGACGAAGCUGUUUUGGGUCUACGCUCACAACUUUCUGAGAAAGGGGACAAUCAGGCUGUCGGCAUUGCAGUAUCCCAGGAGCAAGAGAAGAGCAAGGAGAAGGAGAAGACACGAAUCGGCAAAGGAAGGAAACCAAAAACAUGUCCCAAGUGUGGGAAAGUAUUCAAUCAGGAUAUCCCCUUUCUGAAGCAUAGGCAGAUGCACCAAAGGACCACUCCCUAUCAGUGUUCGGAUUGCGGGAAGGUCUUCAGCCAGCGGUCCCAUCUUACCAAACACAAGAAGGCGCACAAAAAAGAGAAGCGGUUCAGCUGCUCCGACUGCGGGAAAACCUUCCACCGGAGUUCCCACUUCUAUUCCCACCAGCGGACCCACCGUGGGAUCAAGCCUUUCAAGUGUUCGGGCUGUGGGAAAAGCUACACCCGGAUGCCCGACCUUCGGAGGCACCAGAAAUCCCACACGGGAGAGAAAUCGCACCAGUGUUCCGACUGCGGGAAGAGUUUCGGCUUGUACUCGUCCCUGGUCAAGCACGAAAGGAUCCACACGGGAGACAAGCCGUACAAAUGUCCCAGCUGCAAGAAGAGCUUCUGCCAGAGGACCCACCUCAUUGUGCAUAAGAGAACCCACACCAAGGACAGGCCCUUCAAGUGCUCGCUCUGCCACGCCGGCUUUGUUCAAAAGGCGCACCUGGUUUCGCACCAGAGGUCCCACACGGGGGAGAAACCCUUUCGUUGCCACAGCUGCGGCAAAAGCUUUAAGCGCAACUCCACCCGCGUGAAGCAUGAGAAGAGACACGAGAAGGAAAGCGGGGCACCUUCACUCCCUCUCAGCACUUCCCCGUCACGUAGUCCUCCAAGACCAAACUGGAGGUCCAGAUUGAGAAACGUGGGAAGACUUGAAAAAGCCGCUGCGUAA